AUGGGCUCGGGGCGCGUGCCCGGGCUCUGCCUGCUCGUCCUGCUGGUCCACGCCCGCGCCGCCCAGCACAGCAAAGCCGCGCAAGAUGUGGAUGAAUGUGUGGAGGGGACUGACAACUGCCACAUCGAUGCGAUCUGCCAGAACACCCCACGGUCCUACAAGUGCAUCUGCAAGUCUGGCUACACAGGGGAUGGUAAACACUGCAAAGAUGUGGAUGAGUGUGAACGAGAAGAUAAUGCAGGUUGUGUGCACGACUGUGUCAACAUCCCUGGCAAUUACCGAUGCACCUGCUAUGAUGGAUUCCACCUGGCACAUGACGGACACAACUGUCUGGAUGUGGACGAGUGUGCCGAGGGCAAUGGUGGCUGUCAGCAGAGCUGUGUCAACAUGAUGGGCAGCUAUGAGUGCCACUGCCGGGAGGGCUUCUUCCUCAGCGACAACCAGCACACCUGCAUCCAGCGGCCAGAAGAAGGAAUGAAUUGCAUGAACAAGAACCACGGUUGUGCUCACAUUUGCCGGGAGACUCCCAAAGGGGGUAUUGCCUGUGAAUGCCGCCCUGGCUUCGAGCUCACCAAGAACCAACGGGACUGUAAACUGACGUGCAACUACGGUAAUGGCGGCUGCCAGCACACGUGCGAUGACACAGAGCAGGGUCCCCGGUGCGGCUGCCAUGUCAAGUUCGUGCUCCAUACCGACGGGAAGACAUGCAUUGAGACCUGUGCGGUCAACAACGGGGGCUGUGACAGUAAGUGCCACGAUGCAGCCACGGGCGUCCACUGCAGCUGCCCCGUGGGCUUCAUGCUGCAGCCAGACAGGAAGACCUGCAAAGACAUAGAUGAGUGCCGCUUGAACAAUGGGGGCUGUGACCACAUUUGCCGCAACACAGUGGGCAGCUUUGAAUGCAGCUGCAAGAAGGGCUAUAAGCUUCUCAUCAAUGAGAGGAACUGCCAGGAUAUAGACGAGUGUUCUUUUGAUCGAACCUGUGACCACAUAUGUGUCAACACACCAGGAAGUUUCCAGUGCCUCUGCCAUCAUGGCUACCUGCUGUAUGGUGUCACCCACUGUGGGGAUGUGGAUGAGUGCAGCAUCAACCGCGGAGGUUGCCGAUUUGGCUGCAUCAACACUCCGGGCAGCUACCAGUGUACCUGCCCCGCCGGCCAGGGCCGGCUGCACUGGAACGGCAAAGAUUGCACAGAGCCGGUAAAAUGUCAAAGCAGUCCUGGUGCCUCGAAAGCCAUGCUCAGCUGCAACCGGUCUGGCAAGAAGGACACCUGUGCCCUGACCUGCCCCUCCCGGGCCCGGUUUUCACCAGAGUCUGAGAAUGGCUUCACGGUGAGCUGUGGCACCCCCAGCCCCAGGGCCACUCCAGCCCGAGCUGGCCACACCGGGAACAGCACAAACUCCAACCACUGCCAUGAGGCUGCAGUGCUGUCGGUUAAACAGCGGGCCUCCUUCAAGAUCAAGGAUGCCAAGUGCCGCCUGCACCUACGAAACAAAGGCAAAAUGGAGGAGGCCAGCAGGAUCCUGGGGCAAGGUGGUGCCCCCUGCUCUGACUGCCAGGUCACCUUCAUCCACCUCAAGUGUGACUCCUCUCGGAAGGGCAAGGGCCGGCGGGCCCGGACCCCUCCAGGCAAGGAGGUCACUCGGCUCACCCUGGAACUGGAGGCAGAGGUCAGAGCCGAAGAAACCACAGCUACCUGUGGACUCCCCUGCCUCCGACAGCGAAUGGAACGGCGGCUGAAAGGGUCCCUGAAGAUGCUUAGAAAGUCCAUCAACCAGGACCGCUUCCUGCUGCGCCUGGCAGGCCUUGAUUAUGAACUGGCCCACAAGCCGGGCCCAGGAGCUGGGGAGCGAGCAGAGCUGGUGGAGACCUGUAGGCCUGGGCAGCACCGCGCUGGGGCUAAGUGUGUCAGCUGCCCGCAGGGAACGUAUUACCACGGCCAGAUGGAGCAGUGUGUGCCAUGCCCAGCGGGCACCUUCCAGGAGAGAGAAGGGCAGCUCUCCUGCGACCUUUGCCCUGGGAGUGAUGCCCACGGGCCUCUCGGAGCCACCAACAUCACCACAUGUGCAGGUCAGUGCUCACCUGGCCAAUACUCUGUAGACGGGUUCAAGCCCUGCCAGCCAUGUCCACGGGGCACCUACCAACCUGAAGCAGGACGGACCUUGUGCUUCCCAUGUGGUGGGGGCCUCACCACCAAGCAUGAGGGGGCCAUCUCCUUCCAAGACUGUGACACCAAAGUCCAGUGCUCCCCUGGUCACUACUACAACACCAGCAUCCAUCGCUGUAUCCGCUGUGCCAUGGGCUCCUAUCAGCCCGACUUCCGUCAGAACUUCUGCACCCGCUGCCCAGGAAACACAAGCACUGACUUUGAUGGCUCCACCAGCGUGGCCCAGUGCAAGAAUCGCCAGUGUGGUGGGGAGCUGGGUGAGUUCACUGGCUACAUCGAGUCCCCCAACUACCCAGGCAACUACCCAGCUGGCGUGGAGUGCAUCUGGAACAUCAACCCCCCACCCAAGCGCAAGAUCCUUAUCGUGGUACCCGAGAUCUUCCUGCCAUCUGAGGAUGAGUGUGGGGACGUCCUCGUCAUGAGAAAGAACUCCUCCCCAGCCUCCAUCACUACCUAUGAGACCUGCCAGACCUACGAGCGGCCCAUUGCUUUCACGGCCCGCUCCAGGAAGCUCUGGGUCAACUUUAAGACAAGCGAGGCCAACAGCGCCCGUGGCUUCCAGAUCCCCUACGUUACCUAUGAUGAGGACUAUGAGCAACUAGUGGAAGACAUUGUUCGAGAUGGCCGGCUCUAUGCGUCUGAAAACCACCAGGAGAUUUUAAAGGACAAGAAGCUCAUCAAGGCCUUCUUUGAGGUGCUGGCCCACCCCCAGAACUACUUCAAGUACACAGAGAAGCACAAGGAGAUGCUGCCAAAAUCCUUCAUCAAGCUACUCCGCUCCAAAGUUUCCAGCUUCCUGAGGCCCUACAAAUAGUGCCCCUAAGCCCAAGACCCAGGUUUUAAAGCCCCCAGACUCCUUAGCCCUCAGAGCCGGC